AUGGGCGUCACUGGUGGCAUUAGUAGUAGUAGCAGCAGCAGCAGCGACGGCGGCAACAUCCGAGAAUCAGUGGAGCUGCUGCAGCUCAGUAUUCAUCCACUUUCCGAUGUUCCGAGUGGUGUGGAUUCCGCUGUUCAGCCGUGCUAUGACGUGCGCACCACCGUGCGAUUCCGUGAGGCCCACAGCGGCGACCUCGCAACGGUACACUUUCAAGACGGCGGCGUUGUGCGCACACUGCGCGACUUCUACUGGCUGCGCUGGCGGCUUGGGGUGGACACACAAAGUGCGGGGCCGUUCGGAUUGGUGCUACCACUCCCAACGAGCGCACGCCAUGCAGCGUCAGGGGAAGGUGUUCUUCAGUUGUCGUCAUUGUUGUGGUUGUUCAGCGCGCUGAACCUCUCAGAGCACAAGAAGGCCCCUAUGAAAGGUGGCAAAAGAGUUCCAUCUGCUGAAGUCAGAGGUGAGGGAAGUGGUGACACACUGGGUGGUGAUGGGGUAGGCCAAACGCUCCUGCGCUUUGUCUCGACGCCCACCGAGGCCUUCGAGGCAUGGAUGGCUACGAAUACACAAUCGUCUGUGGUGAGAACAGCAGGUCGAGUUCCAGGUGUGUUUCACUUCGCCCUUGAUGAGGCAUACGAACGCAGUGCCGCUCUCUCGACUGAGAGCAAAAAUUCAUCCAGGAAAAACAAUAGUAACAGCAGAAACCCUAGCAGUGGGGAGAGUGACAUUCACUCUAUGCUCAUGUCAACGCCGGCGAUUCGAUCGUGGUGGUGGCGUGCGAAACGGCAGUUCGCCACCUCCUGCUGCCAACUGCCGCUGCGCGAGUUGAGGCCAGCGCAGAUAUCACCCGCGCUCGUGGCGAGCGGCGCGAUUCACCGUGUCUUUAUGAGCCUCAAGAAGGCCUCCUCCUGUGCGACAGCUGUGUGGACCUUCCACGAGAUUGGUGACAGGCACCGCCUUACCGACGCCGCCUGGAGCUUCGCGCAUCAGAAAAUGCUGAGCCUCCUCACCGCGUGCGAGGCGGAGGGUGCGGCGAUGGAAGAUCUUGCAGCAUGUCUGACGCACGCUCCAGGCGGGGCGGCGCUGACGCACAGCCACGAGGCUCGUGCCUGCGUUCUGCAUCUCUCCACACUGUUGGGGCAGCGGGGCCGCGAGACGGCAGUCCCAGAGUCACUGUUGCAGGCCAACGCGCUUGUGCACGCUGUGGAGCACGGUGUCUACCACGCGUGGCGGCGAGCGCAUGACUGCUUCGUUGUUUCUUGCCCUUCACGUGCUCCACCGCAGCCGUUGGCAGGCCUCGCGGCACUCACGCUGCGGGAGCUACAGGAGGUUCUGCUUGAGGUGUUCCGCGUGGGCGCUGGUGGGAGCGGCACGUUUGACACACUCGAUGCCAUCGACGCGUCUGUUGGCUGCAUUCACGAUACUACUGACGCGCGCUUGGACGCUAUGCGGGCUGAAUUGUCUGCGGCCCGGGCGCGUGCGAGGCGGCGGUGGUUGUGGGCCUUACGCGACUGCGCCCACACGCAGCGGUGGGAACUUGCGGCGAUGAUUAGUUGCCUGCAGGCGCUCAAAGAGCGCAUGUCGCGGGACCUUCUGAACUGCGACGACACGCUGCCGUUCCUGCAGAGGCCACUGCGGCAAGGCAUCAACGCAACGGUGUCCCACGCCGAACUGCAGGACGUGGCACUACAGUCUGCUGCCCCAUGUGCUCUCGUGAGGGUGCAGCUACUUUAA